GACUUGUAAGGCGAAGCGUACGGGCAGUCUGGUGGGGCAACGUGUGUGUGUGUGUCAGGCAGCAGCUGAGAGGCCCGUGCAGUGUAUCUGUGGCGGCCGAGAGAGCAGCAGCUACAGCGCAGCGCGCCAAUUACAACUCGUCAGCCGCUGACGCAACGGCGCCGUCUGUCCUUUGUUUCUCAGCCACCGACAGAAACGAGAAAAAUUGGAGGGAGCUGGAAUUGCGUGCCUGGGGAAAACGCCCCACCCGUUUCGGCCAUUAAACGCGUGCUUUAGCGCGAGUGUCGUUCCAGAAACAGGCCGCGUGAUGCAGCCGCGUUCAUGGAUCGGCGGCUGAGCCUCAUUGUUGCAGGCUUUCGGCGUCGUUACAUUCGACUUGCGUGAGUGCUGUCGUGACAACAAUAGGAGGUGCUGGACUGGCGCGAUGCAGCGCCGGCUGGCGUGGACGCUGGUGUGCGCGUGUGGCGCGCUCUGGGCAGCUUCUCGGGCCCUCCUACAGGUGGCUCUGCUGGCGCCGGCGCACUGGUGCCGCGAGGCGCACGUCGACGCACUCGCCCAGCAGCUGCCGCUGGCGCCAGAGGAGGUGCGCCAGUUCGCGAUACCUGCCUUGUCUUCAGGUGUGUACAGCAGCUGCGAGCGAUACUCGGAUGACCUGGUGGCGGCUUACAUCCAGUGGCAACGUGACCACAGGCCCGCAGCACGGGCACAAGAGGCGCCUGUCAUCACCUGUGACCAGGGCUGGCACUACAACCUCUCGGCCCUGCCAGCUACCAUAACAAGUGAGCACAACUGGGUGUGCACAGAUCGAUGGAAGCCUACUGUCAUUAAAAUUGCUUACUGGCUGAGUGCUGCUGGAGGUAGUGUGAUAUGGAUGAUUAUUGGAAACAGGUACAGCAAAUGUUUUUCGCUCGUAUUUAGUCUGGGUGUUCUGUUGUUUGGUAGUAUUUUGACAAUGAUUUGUACAGCCUUCUCAACAGUUUUGUUUGCCUGGAUAAUCUUGGGAUGCUGUCAGAUGGCUGUUAUGUGCCUGCCUAUCUCAACAGUGAAAGAGUUUUCAUCUUCAAAAACAAACUGCACACUAUACCAUGUAGCAGUUUGUUUAACAAUAUGGCAGUUAUCACACAUAGCAUCACUGUUUGUAUUUUUUGGUGUCUCACCAUUGCUGACCAGCUGGUGGUGGCUUGCUGCAGUGCUCCCACCUCUUAGUACUGCUUCUCUUCUACUCUCAGUAUGGUGUACAUGGACUAUACUGAAAAAAUACAAAAAGGAACUUCACUUGCCACUUAAAUCACAGCUUGGAGAAUUAUCUGAUGAUGCAGUGUUGUAUGAUGUACAUUUCCAGAAAGUUACAUUUCAAACAAGAGAUUGUUCUUUGGAAUGCAUGUCUGAACCUGACUGCAAGUGGAGAAAUUAUAUUCUGCUUGCUGUUUAUUGGCUGUUAUGUAGUUGGAGCUACUGGAUGCUGGUGCAAACUUCUCCUUGGCUGGGAGCUAAUGCUGAUGCUGGUGAGCCAUCUUUAUCACUGACUUUGAAUCUGUUCUUGGCUGAACUGCCGUCCUGCUGCUAUCCCGCGCUGAAGCUGCUGUUACCAAACUCUGUGGUUGUUUGUAGGCACAGCCUCCUCACCAUGACUGUUCUGCUGACCCUAGCACCAGCUGCAAGUGCUGCAACUUCUCUUGUCAACUGGGUACUGUACAACAAAGCUCUCAUGAUAGAAGUGUGUGUAUCAGCUGUUGGCCAUUUUGGAGCAAUGAGUGCUCUCAGUAUGGCUCGACUUCUGGGUCUCUCAAGGGCACUCCAUUCAUCACAGUCGCUUAUCAUCUGGGAGCCACUUGGAGCAUCCCUUGCAGCACUGGUGGAAUUAAUUCCAGAACAAAGAGAUACUAAAAUGCUAUUCCUCUUAGUAGGGAUAAUUGCAACAGUAGCAACACUUUGUGCUCCAUCGCUGUCUGAAUAUAUAUGUUGUCCAAUAGAUGUGAAGCAGAACAUAUUUCCUCCCUUGUGGAGGAAGUGCAGAUCUUCCAUAAUAGACUCACCCCUGAGCCAACUAUUCCUGGUAGAGAAAACAGAAAGUCACACCAAAUACGACUCCUCCCUGUCAUACACUCCACUUCAGCCAGGAUAAUGAGUGCUUUUGCAGAAAAGGAUUCCAUGUUGUAUGAUAUGGGUUAGCCAAACACAGUAUUCACAAAGAUGAAACUAUAUCAUGUAACAUGAUUGUGUGAUGCAUACAGCCCUACAUUUUUUUAAUCACUUGCCAUCAAGUGGAAGCAGAUAUUUGCUCUACUGUGUAGUUUACUAUGUAGCUAUAAGUGUCAUUGUUAUAGAGGAAGUGGAAGUUUGAAAUUAUCACAGCUGUUAAAUAUAACAUGCUAUGAGGUAGCUGCAAAUAAUUACAAACAGUACUCGUUAUUAAAUUUUAAUGUAUGUAUUGAAGAGAAACUACUCACCUAACAAUAAUAUUUUUUCGUACAAAUACCUUGUAGAUGCAUCAUGGAUGCCAUAGACAAAAAUGUAGGACCAAAUGUCACCAUGCUCAAAAUCAUCUCAGUAACCAAAGAUUAUCUGAUUAAAAAAGCAUAUUAUAUGUAUUAAUUAUUUAACAAAAUUUAAUGGAUGGCAGGAGUAGUCUGUGCUGAAGAAUUUUCUCAAGAGAAUUUAACAAGUACCUAAUGUGUAUAUUAUGUAAAUAUAAUGUAUUAAUAGUGUAUCACAGAAAUGAUGUCAGGACCUCAAACAUGAAUAAAUGAUAUUUCUUUUACAA